AUGGCUACUCGCUUUGAAAAGAGGCUCAUCUCUCCCGGCAACGGAGUUGAUUAUCCCAAAGUCGGCGAUGAAGUGACGAUUGAAUACACUGGCUGGCUCUAUGAUCCCACCAACCCCGGCAACGGAAACAAAGGCACACAAUUCGAUUCUUCCGUCGGACGUGGUGAUUUCAAGACUCAAAUCGGCGUCGGCAGGGUCAUUCCAGCAGGUUGGGAUACUGGCGUGCCGCAAAUGUCUUUGGGCGAGAAAGCUACUUUGAUCAUUCCAGGGUGA